ACGCUGCCCCGCCGUUCUCAGAUCUUCCUCCGUUGGAUUGCACACCGCAGAAAGGGAAUUUCUAGGGUUUAGGCAGCGAGCGUGGUGGGGAAGGCGAUGGCUGCGGCGGGCGACGAGUCGGCGGCUGCGGCUGCAGCGGCGGCGGCCGCGGGGGAGGACUCCAAGGAUCUGCAGCAGCAGAGCAAGGCGCUGGACAAGCUCACCGACCGCGUCGAGGAUCGCCAGCUCGACUCCUCCCGCGUCCAAUCCGCAAUGGCAGCUCUUGCCUCUUCUAAAGAGGCUGACUGGAAUGCCAUGAGAUUGAGGGAGAAAGAAUUAGCUGCUGUCAAGAUCAACCCAGCUGAUGUUGAAAUUAUUGCUAACGAGCUUGAGUUGGACAAGAAGAUCGCAGAGAGAACACUCCGGGAGCACAAAGGCGAUGCUGUAGCUGCAGUUCGGUUCCUGCUUCGCUGAUUCUGAAACAUUUGCCCUUUGAUCCAUACACCAUGCGAAGCAGCUGUAGUUUGUUAUUGCUGUUUAGAAUUUCUCUAUCCACAAUGAAAUGGUCAUAUUUGGCAUCCAUGUACAACUUCUCUUUCCAUGAUGCUGCGAACUGGUUUCUGUUUUGCUCUUGUAAAACCUAAAGGUUCACUCUUCACCGAGGAGUUAUUGUUCAUCCGAGGUCUUUUUGUUCCUACCCAAGAUAUUCUGUUCGUUUGGAUAACCUAACCUCACGCUCUGAACAACUGGAUUACUGGAAUGAAUAUGAAGCAGAAAGAA